CCAUCACGGCUCGGUAGUGGGCACUUGCAAAAAUAAGCACAACAGAAUAACUAAAAUAAUACGUAAACUGGUGCUUUAUUUUUUAUUACCUAUUUUAGUUUACGAGCGGUCGUUGUCAAUGUCAAGGAGUCAGAAUUUUGUUAAAGUUAAAAAAUGUGGCGACUUUCUCAAUUUCUAUAUUCUACGUAAAUUAAAUUUAGUUUCAGAGUAGAAUAAAUACUGCUCAUGUAAUUAGGUAAAUUCAAACUUCACAUGAUGUUGGAAGACGAAUUAAAUUUGUUUAUAUCGAAUAUUUAUUCAUUUCUGUUUAACGUAGAAAAAGAAAUAUCGGGUUUACUUGUUAAAAAGCAUUCAGUUCAGUUGCAGACACAAGGUGAUUUCAGUUUUCCAAACAAAGUGAAAUCUUGGGUUGAAUUCUUAGAUGACAUUCACUUACAAAACGACGACGAAGGUCUGUUGAAAUGUUUACAAAAAGAUUCCGAAACUUUAUUACAAGCAUCGCAAAGUUGGACAUUACCAAUACGGAAGGUGACUGAAAUAAAAGAUCACCUUCAUAUAUUUUUGGACAGACAUAGAGCAAUAGAAGUUGGACUUUCUAGCUCGCUAACAAAUAAUGAGCGGAUUCUAGUUGGACUUAACGAGGGGAAUUGUUUGGUGGAAUCUGAUUCGAUCGAAAACACAACAUGCAUAACCUCUUUACGAAUGAACUACACGGCGGAGGUUAUUAAGAAUUUAUAUUCCAUUUACGAUAAACGCUUAGAAUUUAAGCCAAAAUUGCUUGUAACAUCAAAAUCUAGUGUGAAACUUGAUGACAGUAAAAUAAUUUUAUGUGGGACAGUACUAAAUUGUAAAACUGGGUCUAAGGAGACUACCAUCACUGCUGAUGACUUUAUUAGGCUCCGUCAAGAUGAAUUGACCCUUAUAGCUCAACACAAGUAUGGCGUGAGAGUGUCCACAGACUCAAAAUGGAAGGAGUUCAUUAGACAUCUUGGAGAAUCAGCUGUUGCCUUCGAACUGUUGCAGAUAAAGCCUUCAAGUCCUGUUAAAAUACAGUUUGAUGCAUCUAGUGGAUCUAGUAAAGGUGCAGCAUUCAUAUUGUACAACUGUGCUCGGCUGGAGACGAUAAUAAAAACGUUCAACGAACAUGUGAAUGAUGGCAGAUAUCCCACAUUGCCCAAGUUUGAAGACAUUGAUUUUUCACUACUUACUAAUGAGGAUGAAUGGUGCCUCAUUUUCAACUAUAUAUUGGGAUUUCCAUCUCUCCUGAGGAAUUGUGUGGAAAUUAAUGAAAGUAAAUGUGAUUUUCGGCCGCAUUUAUUGUGCAGUUUUCUCAGUUCUAUGGUCAGAGUUUUCAGUCAAUACUAUAGGAAAGUUCGGAUUUUAACUGAGGCGAGGAAGCAUCUUCUACCAGUCAUGUUUGCGCGAAUUUACAUGUUAAAAUCAUUAAACGACACAUUAAAAACUUGUUUAAGAUUAUUAAAUAUUAAAAGUGUUUCACAAAUGUAUUGGUACUUUCUUUUAUGA